CAGUGGGCUUUAUAUGGGCCGAACGGAACAAUCCACAGCACCCUCCUAUAAAAGCUCACGACAACAACGCGCUUCUUUAGAAAUUAGGGUUUUUGCAUCGCCGCUAAGCUUUCUCACCUCCGUCUCUCACCGAGCCGUCGUCUUCAGAAUGGAUUCUCAGAUUAAGCACGCCGUGGUGGUCAAAGUGAUGGGACGUACUGGAUCCAGGGGUCAGGUGACUCAGGUUCGAGUGAAGUUCACUGACUCUGAUCGUUACAUUAUGAGAAACGUCAAGGGACCCGUGAGAGAAGGUGACAUCCUCACUUUGCUCGAGUCUGAGAGAGAAGCUAGGAGACUUCGUUGAUUCGUCUUGUUCCUUUCUCCACUACAGAACUAUGUCUGCUUAUCUUGCUUUUUUUUUUUUUCUGUGACUGGAUUAGUGAUUAUGCAUUCGAACUGAAUUUUGUUUUUGCUGUAAGACAUUUCAUGGAUUGAUUUUUGUUCUGGUCUUAUCAUAUUGUUGUCUGAACC